GCCAGUGUACACACACUACUGUACAUUGAUGGAGCCGCCAGUCUCUGAGAGUCCGGCAGAGCCCUCCGAGAGAGCCACGCUGCGGGUCUGAGCCGACGCUGCGAAAUUACCACACCGGCGGAUGAUGGCAAACCCGGCCACAGCUUCUCCGUAACCUUCAUGAGCAGCACCGGAGGACGCUGAAUGCCGACCUGAAGGAAUGUGCCAUUUCACUGACACGGUGUAGCAAAGUAACAUUAGGAGGUCAGAUCGGAUGGUGGAGCCGCUGCUGCGAAGUUUACGCGCUGAAUUCGCAAUUACUCGCCGUAAUGAAUACUUGAAUGAAUGACGUCGCCGCUUAACAGGUUCCGCAAGCAGAAAGGCUGUUUGAUCAGGGACUGGAAGAAGAAUUGAAUGUAAAAUUCUCCGAGCAGGCAGACUUAGUCCCGAUAGAGCUGUGUGUUUUUUUGGAAACCUUCUGACUGUGGAUGUGAGUCUUAGCGCAUCAGUUAAAAGCCAGAAGACAGCGCUGGAGGCAUCAGGAGCACCGGGAGAUCCAGUUUAAAUGAGGAGAAACAUGUGAAAACCCUUGUGAACCUUUGACCUGCAAGCAAGCCUUCAACAACAAAAAGGCCAAGGUCUCCUCCCUUCUUCCUGUCAUCCAUUCUCUCUGCUCCCUCAGCAGCUUCCUCGCAGGCCCCUUAAACAUGGAGGGCCGGCAGGCAACACGCAGAACUUUAUCACCUAACGCUAAAUUAGGAGCAAUAGUUACUCUACACUUCUGGCUCUUAGCAAUUCCUGCCUUGUGCAACGGGCAGACUUUCACUAGUUUCCACCCUGAGCGUCGGGAAUGGGUGUUCAACCACCUGACAGUUCACCAAACCACAGGCGCAUUGUAUAUCGGAGCGGUCAACCGUGUGUACAAGCUCUCAGGCAACCUGACCCUCCUUGUUUCCCAUGACACAGGCCCAGAGGACGACAACAAGGCCUGCUACCCCCCUCUGAUUGUCCAGCCUUGUUCUGAGCCUCUGGUCUCCACCAACAAUGUCAACAAGCUUCUGCUUAUUGAUUAUUCCCAAAAUCGGUUGCUGGCCUGUGGCAGCCUCUACCAGGGUGUCUGUAAGCUCCUCAGAUUGGACGACCUGUUUAUCUUAGUGGAGCCCUCCCAUAAGAAAGAGCACUACCUCUCCAGUGUCAACCAGACUGGGACCAUGUAUGGGGUCAUUGUGCCUUCGCAGGGCCAGGAUGGGACCCUGUUCAUUGGCACAGCAGUAGAUGGCAAACAGGACUACUUUCCCACUAUCUCCAGUCGAAAGCUGCCCCGUGACCCUGAAUCUUCUGCUAUGCUCGACUAUGAAUUACAUACUGAUUUUGUGUCCUCCCUCAUCAAGAUACCAUCAGACACACUGGCACUGGUCUCCCACUUUGACAUCUACUAUGUUUACGGCUUUGCCAGUGGCAGCUUUGUUUACUUCCUGACUGUUCAACCUGAGACGCCUGAGAACAGCAUGUCAUCCAGCGGAUCCAGCAGUGAUCUCUUCUACACUUCCCGCAUCGUCCGCCUCUGUAAAGAUGACCGCAAGUUUCAUUCCUAUGUCUCUCUGCCCGUCGGCUGUGUGAAGAAUGGCGUUGAGUACCGGUUACUGCAGGCUGCCUACCUUGGCAAGCCGGGUCGCGUUCUCGCUGCCUCGCUCAACAUCAGUGCCCAGGACGACGUGCUCUUUACCAUCUUCUCUAAGGGCCAGAAGCAGUUCCAUCGCCCGCCAGAUGACUCAGCGCUCUGCGUCUUCACCAUUCGUGACAUCAAUGCACGAAUUAAGGAGCGCCUGCAGUCCUGCUACCAGGGAGAGGGAAACCUGGAACUCAACUGGCUCCUUGGGAAGGAUGUGCAAUGCACCAAAGCGCCGGUGCCCAUUGACGACUCUUUCUGUGGUCUGGACAUCAACCAGCCACUUGGCGGUUCUCAGCUGGUGACCGGCCACACUCUUUACACUGAGACCCGAGAUCGCAUGACCUCUGUGACCUCCUACGUCUACAAUGGCUACUGUGUAGCCUUUGUGGGCACAAAAAGUGGACGUCUGAAGAAGAUUCGUGUCGAUGGGCCUCCUCACGGUGGUGUCCAGUAUGAAACAAUAUCGGUUAUCAAGGACGGCAGCCCCAUCCUACGAGAUAUGGCCUUCUCUCUCGACCGCAACUACCUCUACGUAAUGUCUGAGAGACAGGUCACCCAAGUUCCCAUCGAGUCGUGUGAGCAGUACGGGACCUGUGGAGAGUGUCUGAGCUCUGGGGAUCCACACUGUGGCUGGUGUGUUCUGCAUAAUAUAUGCUCUCAGAGGAAUCGGUGUGAGCGUGCAGAUGAGCCGUACCGUUUCGCCGCCUCUCUCAACCAGUGUGUGAAGGCCACCGUGUACCCAGACAGCAUCGCAGUGUCAGAACCUAGUGUACCUCUUCUGGUGAAGGUGAGCGAUGUUCCAGACCUUUCUGCAGGCAUCACAUGCUCCUUUGGCAACUUGACAGAGGUGGAAGGGCAGGUCAAUGGCAACCAGAUACUCUGUGUGUCUCCUGCUGCCAAGGAUGUCCCCCUCAUCCCCACUGACCAAGACUGGUCAGGCGUUGAGCUCAGGCUCAAUUCUAAGGAGACUGGUCAGAUGCUCAUCAGCACAGAGGUCAAGUUUUACAACUGCAGCGUCCACCAACUGUGUCUGUCAUGUGUGAACAGCGCCUUCCGCUGCCACUGGUGCAAAUACCGCAACUUGUGCACCCAUGACCCCUCCAGCUGUUCCUUCCAGGAGGGACGAGUCAACGCUUCUGAGGACUGCCCCCAGCUGGUGCGUUCUGAGGAGAUUCUGAUCCCAGCAGGGGAGGUGAAGCCUAUAACCCUGAAGGCCAAGAACCUGCCACAGCCUCAAUCUGGCCAGCGGGGCUAUGAGUGUGUCCUCCACAUCCAGGGAGUCAGCCACAGAGUCACCGCCCUCCGCUUCAACAGCUCCAGCGUACAAUGCCAGAACAGCUCGUAUUUUUACGAGGGAAUGAAAAUCAGUGAGCUGCCUGUGGAUUUCUCAGUGGUGUGGAAUGGCAACUUCAUUAUUGAUAACCCCGAGAAUAUUCAAGUGCACUUGUACAAGUGUGCAGCCCAGCGGGACAGCUGCGGCAUGUGUCUGAAGGCAGAGCGGAAGUUCCAGUGUGGCUGGUGCAGUGGAGAAGGAAGGUGCACACUGCGGCACCACUGUCCCCCCAUCAACCCUUACACCACCCGCUGGCUUAACCUGUCCAGCAAGAAUGUGAAGUGUACCAACCCACGCAUCACUGAGGUGACCCCAGUGGCUGGACCCCCAGAGGGAGGCACUCGGGUGACCAUCCACGGCACAAACCUCGGUCUGGCUUUCUCUGAUAUGGUGGGCAACGUGGAGGUGGCAGGGGUGAGGUGUACGCCUGUAGAGGAUGGCUACAUCAUCGCUGAACAGAUUGUAUGUGAGAUGGAUGCAGCUCUUGCAGACAGCAGGCCUGGUCCAGUCCAGCUGUGUGUUGGAGAGUGCAGACCAGAACUCAGAGCUCGCUCCUCACAGCUCUACUCCUUUGUGACUCCAACAGUCACAGGUCUUUCCCCGAGCAGAGGUCCUGAGUCUGGUGGCACUAAAGUAACCAUAAUGGGAGAAAACCUUGGUGCCGGCAGCAGCGUCAACGUUCAGUUUGGGAAUCAGACGUGCGAGUUCUUUGGACGGACCAUGACGGAGAUAGUGUGCUACUCUGCCCCUUCUGUGUCUGGGGUCGGCCCAGUUCAGAUCAGCGUGAGCGUGGAUCACGCCCAAAUCAGGGAGAGCCUCACCUUCGAGUACAUAGAAGAUCCUACUGUCCAGCGCAUCGAACCAGACUGGAGCAUCGCUAGCGGUCAUACGCCUCUGAUGGUGACAGGAACCAAUCUGGAUGUGGUUCAAGAGCCCAGGAUCCGAGUGAAAUACGCUGGUCGAGAGUCUGUCAAUGUGUGCAAAGUAUUGAACACCACCAGUAUGAGCUGCUUUGCUCCCUCCCUGAUGGCAGAGUACAUUCCAGGUUUGGACACAGUGAAGCAUGCGGACGAGUUUGGGUUCAUCUUCAACAACGUCCAGGCACUGCUGGUCUACAACAACACCAACCUCCUCUACUAUCCAAACCCUUACUUUGAGCCGCUCAGCACUAAUGGUGUCCUGGAGCAAAAACCAGGAUCACCUAUCAUUCUCAAGGGCAGAAACCUGGUUCCCCCGGCAUCAGGAGGGGUGAAGCUUAACUACACGGUGCUGAUAGGAGAGACUCCCUGCUCUGUCACUGUGUCUGAGAGCCAGCUGCUGUGUGAGCCACCCAACCUCACUGGACAAUACAAAGUCAUGGUUCAAGUGGGCGGCCUUCACGUCUCCCCGGGUGUGGUUCACAUCAUGUCUGACAGCCUGCUGACCCUCCCAGCCAUUGUUAGCAUCGCAGCAGGUGGAGGUCUCCUCCUCAUCAUCGUCAUCCUCGUCCUCAUCGCCUACAAGCGAAAGUCACGUGAGAAUGACCUUACCCUGAAGCGCUUGCAGAUGCAAAUGGACAACCUGGAGUCACGAGUUGCCCUGGAGUGCAAAGAAGCUUUUGCCGAGUUGCAGACUGACAUCAAUGAACUGACCAGCGACCUCGACAGAGCCGGUAUCCCCCAUCUGGACUACAGGACGUACGCCAUGAGGGUCCUCUUCCCUGGCAUAGAGGAUCAUCCUGUCCUCAGAGAACUGGAGGUGUCAGGUAAUGGCCAGCAGAAUGUGGAGAAGGCCCUGAAGCUGUUUGGCCAGCUCAUCAACAACAAAGUGUUCCUGCUCACCUUCAUCCGAACACUGGAAAUGCAGCGCUCUUUCUCCAUGAGGGACCGUGGCAACGUGGCCUCACUUAUCAUGACUGCCCUGCAGGGGCGACUGGAGUACGCCACUGAUGUCCUUAAACACCUGCUGUCGGACCUGAUUGACCGCAACCUGGAGAGCAAGAACCACCCCAAACUGCUGCUGCGCAGAACUGAGUCAGUUGCAGAGAAGAUGCUCACGAACUGGUUCGCCUUCCUCCUUCACAAAUUCCUCAAGGAGUGUGCUGGGGAGCCUCUGUUCAUGCUGUACUGCGCCAUCAAGCAGCAGAUGGAAAAGGGGCCCAUCGACGCCAUCACUGGAGAGGCCCGUUACUCCCUGAGUGAAGACAAGCUCAUCCGCCAGCAGAUCGAGUACAAAACCCUGAUCCUAAACUGUGUGAACCCGGACAAUGAAAACAGCCCAGAGAUCCCGGUCAAGGUGCUGAACUGUGACACCAUCACCCAAGUGAAGGAGAAGAUUCUAGACGCUGUUUACAAGAACAUGCCCUAUUCUCAGCGGCCACGCGCCGUCGACAUGGACCUCGAGUGGCGUCAGGGGCGAAUGGCUCGUGUGGUGCUGCAGGAUGAAGACAUCACCACUAAGAUUGAAAAUGACUGGAAGAGACUCAACACUCUCAUGCAUUACCAGGUGUCAGAUCGCUGCGUGGUAGCUUUGGUGCCCAAACAGACCUCCUCAUACAACAUCCCCUCCUCAGCCAGCAUAUCGCGCACCUCCAUCAGCAGAUAUGACUCUUCAUUCCGCUACACAGGGAGUCCAGACAGCCUCCGUUCACGCGCUCCCAUGAUCACUCCUGAUCUAGAAAGUGGUGUGAAGGUUUGGCACCUGGUGAAAAACCACGAGCACGGAGACCAAAAGGAGGGAGAUCGCGGUAGCAAGAUGGUGUCUGAGAUUUACCUGACCCGGCUGCUGGCUACCAAGGGUACACUACAAAAAUUUGUCGAUGAUCUAUUUGAGACGUUGUUCAGUACGGUCCACCGAGGGAGUACUCUUCCCCUGGCCAUCAAAUACAUGUUUGACUUCCUGGAUGAGCAGGCGGAUAAACAUGGCAUUCAUGACACAGACGUACGUCACACGUGGAAAAGCAAUUGCCUCCCGUUGCGUUUCUGGGUGAACGUGAUCAAGAACCCGCAGUUUGUGUUUGACAUCCAUAAGAGCAGCAUCACGGACGCCUGUCUGUCUGUAGUAGCUCAGACCUUCAUGGAUUCUUGCUCCACUUCAGAGCAUCGUCUGGGCAAAGAUUCCCCAUCAAAUAAGCUGCUCUAUGCGAAAGAUAUUCCCAAUUAUAAGAGCUGGGUAGAGAGGUACUACGCUGACAUCAACCGGCUGCCAGCCAUUAGUGACCAGGACAUGAAUGCCUAUUUGGCAGAACAGGCCAGACUCCACUCCACAGAGUUCAACAUGCUCAGCGCUCUCAAUGAGAUCUACUCUUAUGUCAGCAAAUACAGUGAGGAGAUCACAACGGCCCUGGAGCACGAUGAGCAGGCGAGGAAGCAGAGGUUGGCCUACAAGGUGGAGCAGCUCAUCUCUGCCAUGUCCCUCGAGAGCUGAGGGUGACCCGACUGUAAGAGAGAAAGAGAGAGAGAGGACCACAGUCUCUAAAGGACCUCCCAAAAAAAAGGGUCUCGCAUUACUUACCUCUCAUCGUGGGAGCUGCAACCACGAACCAGACCUGGGACCUCUGCAUCUACAGCCGGACAGACAUACAGCUGCUUUAGUUUGUGAUUCUCCCACCUCCUCGCCAGCUAAGGGCCCUCAGACUGACACAGAGGCCCUGCAGCUGGAGCUGAAAACAGCAUAAGUAAAGGGACAUCAGCAGAGAAAGCAACAACAUGGCUUGUAUUUAUUUUCUGUUUUGUUUUUUUUCCCCUUUUUCUCAAAGGACAUUUUCUGUGUUUGACAGGAAAUUGUGUGUUGUGUGUGUGUGUGCUUGAGUGUGUGUUUGUGUCAUAUUGAGAAAGACUCCUGCAAGAGUGUGAGAGCAAAUGGAGAAACAGAAUUAUUCUCUGCUAAGUCAGAACUCACAUCUGAGUGUGAAAUGGAGAGAGAGAGAGAGAGAGAGAGAGAGAGAGAGAGAGAGAAAGGGAAAAAAAAGGCGAGAAGCAGAGGAGCAGAUCUCAUGUUGGACAGCUGAGAUUGCAUUCAGAUUUCUCAGAUUUUAUUUUUGUACUUUGUACAUUUGAAUAUUAUCAGUUGCAGUUUAAAAAUAUCCACCUAGGAUCCCAAAAGUGUCGUUGUAUAAAGAUAUAAAAAGUGUAAUACUACAUCAGGGUCGCAUGGUAAUAAAACAGGCCAUGGUCCAUGUCUUCUCUCACUCCUUCCCUCCUCAGACUGAUGCUCCGCAGGCAAAGCCUCUGCUCUUUAUUUAAUCAGAAGUGUACAGGAAAUUGUGGAACUUGUGCUCAUCAUCUAAGAGUCAAAGGAGCUCCACUUGUGGUGGUCACAGCUCAGCCAGCAUGCUUGCACCUAAACUGAGGAUGAUGGAGAUGACGUCUAUAGUGUAUUUAGGAGAUGACCUCAGAUCAGCAUUACUCUGGCGUCAUAAGCUUUCUUCAGCAGUUAAGUCAUCUGUGUAUGUACCGGUUGAUACUUGCCAAUCAGUGUAUGUGAAUGUACAAAAUGUUGGGUUUUUUUGUUGGUUUUUUUUGUAUGUUUGUUUGUCUAUUUGAGUUUUGCAGCAAAACCCGGCUCAAUUGAACUGAGCCCCACAGCUAUUUGCAGUAGCUCGUCAUGUGAAGAACUCCAUUCUGUCCAUCCUGGCCUCGGUCCAGCCAGUUGCUUCCCAAACAUUAUUCAGCCAAAAUCACUUUCUGAUAGAGGAGAGUGUGUACCCGAAUUGUUGCUGUGACUACUGUAACUCUGCCGCUUCUAAAGUACAGUACGUCCAGCUACAGUAGCAGUUAGUAGGGACCAGGUGGUUCUUGUACGCUGAAACUUCCAUCAUAUAUCCACUAUUUGUAUCUUUUCGGGAACUUGAUCGACUUUAUGUGUACUUUGCAUGCCUGCAGUCACACAUCAAAAGUGUUGAAGGGUCCAUCUUUGAUUUUAUCAAGUGCCAAUGAGUCAUGCCUGCUUUAGUUGGCUAGUUGAGGUGUUAACUUGAUGGAAGAUCUUAACCAACCACCACCUAUGUCUUCUCACAGAUGAUAAGAAGUCCUUGUGGGCCUAGAUUGACUAAGUGCCAAAAGAUCCUGGUGUUUCAAAUUGUUCGCUAAAUGUGUCAAAAUCGGUUAAUGCUUUACACAGGAAGCAAAGCUUUCAUAGUGGAGUGUUCAAGUCCAAGCUCGUAUAACUGGAAUGCUGAGUAGAAACUCAUGAAAGGUACGAAACAUAAGAAGGAGAGAAGAACUUGUUUUUAAUAAGCACGUAUGUUUUGUGUUCUGUGGAUGCGUCUCCUGACUUAAACCAAACGGUCACAAGCUAAAGGCUGAUGUAACCUGCCAGACUUUAGCUGGAUGACAACAAACUGUAGAUUCCAUCUUCUGGAUAGAUGAUUUCAUUUUCUUCCAAGAUAUACCAUAUGUUUGCUUGUUGUUUACAUCAAGUACUUGAAAAUAGGUAGUAUUAAAGGUUUGUACAGUAUACUGCAAUUUUGUGUGUUGAGAGCAUGAUAAAGGUGGGUGAAAGGUGCUUCUUUUCUCUGUGGCCUUAGAUACCCGCCUGCUUAGUGUUCCUGAUCUUACUAGUCCUUGAGUAGGGCACCGUCCUUUUUAGUGCUCCAGAGCCCAGUGAGUUUUUGUUUCGUUUUAUUUUUUUAUUUAGUGAUACCUGGCCCUGGCACUCAGCUGAGAACUGUCUUAGCAAGAUAGAGUGAAAGGAAAGGUGAGGAGGGUACGGCCUGGCUCUGGCAGACGUUGCCUAGCGCAGCGCUCGGCUCGCCUGAGCUGUUUGAAGAGAAGUGUCGAGAAAUGAGGAGCGUUGGAGAGGUAGAAAGAGAGAGAACCCCUUUAGCUCUAGUUUCCUGCCCCAGCUUUGAAGCUGCUCUUUGAUCUGAGUCAGUUGUGUGCACAGUGUGAUCAGGAGAUGGAAAGAAAAAAAACAUCAAACUAACAGGCAAGGAGAAUUGUAGGAUGAGGUGAUGAUUGACACGCUGUUACUGUGUCUGGCCAGUGGGGGCAGGAGUGGGAAAGAGGAAUAGUAAUUUGUUCCCUUGUCUGAGAAAGCACCUUCGUGCAGAGGCGCAUUGCUCACACAAAAGAAAAUAAAAUUGGAGGCCUUAUCUCAUAAUUAUGACUUACUAUCUCAUUGAGUUCUGAAGCUUUUUUUAAUGGUUUCUGAGCGGAUUUAUGAACAUUUAUUUGCAGUGGGCAUCAGACAUAAUUAUACCCUCAGAAAGAGUUUGUCACACUGAAUCUGAAAUUGUGUCUGCUCAGAUAUGAUGCACCUGUCCUUCUCAUCUGAUAUAUUAUCGUUGUCGUACACCUUUUCCUCUGUGCAUCACACACAGUGACAUCCUAGCCAAAAUUUUGUUAGGAAAUAGCAUGAAAACUAAGCACCCAAUUAAAGAAAACAGUAGCACAAAAUCUUGCAAUACUUCUGCAAAUUCCUGUCUCAUAAUUAAGAGAUUGUUGGCUCAUAAUUCUAUGAUUAUGAGAUAUUUUGUCAUAACAAUGGGAUCCAGAUUUCGUAAAUAUGAUAUGUUUUUUCAGCUUUCUUGAAGCUAUGAGAUCUGAUCGUGUAGUUAUAAGAUCUGUCCUCAAUCGUGAGAUAGUUUUCUUGUAAUUAUGAGAAUCUUGAAACUGUUUCUCAUCCUUAUAAGGUGGUAGAAUCUGAGAUACAACAAUGUCUCCUAGUUUUUGAUGUCCUUUGUGAAUGCAAUGCUCUUCCAUACCUUCUUGCUCCUUACACUUCUAAUAAACAUCUAUAGGUACACAAUGGCGCACUUAUACAGUACAUACACAAAACAUAAAGCUUCUUCCUUUUGAUUAAGGUGUCUUCCCAAUUUCAGCAAAUAGAAUUGUAUCCUCCUCAUACCUCACAUUGCUUGUAUGGAGUAAUGCUUUUUAACAUUUUAACGGGACCUAAAUGCCUUUUCCUUCUCUGAGGAAUGAAAUGUAUGUUUAUUAGAGUCCUUCCAACUCUUCGAUGAGCUCCCCUGUAUACAGAAUUGUGAUGAAUGAAAUCAGGCACACAAAUUGGUGGAGAACGGCUUUGAUUUUUCUGAGAGCUCAUUUAUAUCAGGAUGUUUCUUUUUUGUCUUGUGUGAGAUUUUUGCAUGCAUUUUAAUUCAUGCUUUGGUUCUGCUAGGUUAUUCCAUAUCGACCCGCGCCAUCAUUAGUCCAACAGCAAAUUCUUCCAUGUGUAAAUGUCUUAAAUCACAGCUGAAUGCACCUUUUCUUUGUGAAAGAGAUUUUUUCUUUUGUUACUAAAUAAUAGCUUGUUUCCAUGACAUACACUCGUUUUCCUGGGAACCUUUUUUAAUUCAGUUUGAACUGAGAAGAGGAAAGUUUGUUUACUCUUUCUGCAGCGCAGAAUCCCAUUUGACUGCCAGUUGUGUGAGAUAUGGAGAGAUGCUCAGAAACACAACCUCAUUUCAGAUGAAGCUGAUGACUAAUUGAAGAUGCUUUGUGCACUUUCUUGCUCUUGGUGAAAUGUGUUGCCGAAGAGAUGGUGUUGUGGUUUUGACUGGCAUGUGUCAUUCCUUAUACAAAACAAAGCAUUUAAUUCGCUUUUUUUUUGUUUGCUUUUUGGCAUCGUACAGAAGAAAUGAAAUCCAGAUCAAUGUAUUACUCUCAAGUCAGAAUAUCACCAAGUAUAAAACGAGUAUCCUUCCAUUUUACACACAUUGUAAACAAACCCUUUGUAGACACUGGAGUUCUGUAAAAUAGUAAUUAUUGGCAAUGACGACGACGAUGAUGAUGAUAAUAAUAAUGGCUGUCUGUUCUUCUUGUUUUAUAAAAGUGUUGUGAAAAUUGUAAGAAACUUAAAGUAUUUAAAAAGGUUGUUCUCUUGUUUUUUAUUUGCUUUGAUUUUGUUAUGAUAAUAUAUUAUUGUGUACCUAUUGUAAAUAUGAAGCACACCUAUUUUGCAAGCCAAGGAUUCACUUUGUACUGUUGUUAUAUAUAAAUAAACUUUGCUGGUUAAAAAUUGCAUAGAACCAA